AUGUCCAAGCAAGUAUAUGUCAAAAAACAGGUUCAAGAGAGGAUCAAAAUCAAUUCCAAGGAAAAAGAGAUGCCAAAUGCUAAUAAAAACAACUUAUUAUCCAAAAAUCUGAAAAAUAAUUAUCCAAUUAGGCUGCAAAGAACUUGCUCAGCUUCUUCAUUAUCUUCUCUGUCUUUAAUCAAGCGGUGCAAUUGGAUUACGAACAAUAGCGAUAAAGUUUACGUACGAUUUCACGACGAGUGCUGGGGAGUUCCGGUUUAUGACGACAAUCGGUUGUUCGAGGUGCUUGCAAUGUGUGGAAUGCUUAUGGAUUUCAACUGGACUGAGAUCUUGAAAAAGAGAGAACUUCUAAGAGAAGCUUUUGGAGGUUUUGAUCCUAAAUUUGUGAGCAAAAUCAGUGAGAAAGAGAUUAUUGAGAAAGCCUCAGACAAGGAACUAAAAUUAGCUGAAAGCAGAGUGAGGUGCAUAGUGGACAAUGCAAAAUGCAUAAGAAAGGUUGCAAGUGAAUGUGGAUCUUUCAGCAGCUACAUGUGGGACUAUGUGAGCUACAAACCAUUGAUCAACAAGUUCAAAUAUCCAAGGAAAGUACCAUUAAGAAGUCAAAAAUCAGAUAUUAUAAGUAAGGAUUUGGUGAGGCGCGGGUUCCGACUCGUGGGGCCCGUGAUUGUGUAUUCGUUCAUGCAGGCAGUCGGGAUGACUAUCGACCAUCUAGUCGACUGUUUUAGAUAUGGGGAGUGCGUAAAUCUUGCUGAAAGGCCAUGGAGACAUGUUUCAUAG